AUGCGGGCACCGCUCAGCUCCAGGCGCAGCUUCGCAUUGCGCGUCGGGCUCGGCUCCUCCCGCUCCGCUUCCCGCUGCCUCCCGCCCUCCCUCAGCCGCGCAGCACCUCCCAGCCCGCAGCACCUCCCAGCCCCGCAGCAUCUCCCAGCCCGCAGCACCUCCCAGCCCGCAGCACCUCCCAGCCCGCAGCAUCUCCCAGCCCGCAGCACCUCCCAGCCCGCAGCAUCUCCCAGCCCGCAGCAUCUCCCAGCCCCGCAGCGCCUCCCAGACCCGCAGCAUCUCCCAGCCCCGCAGCACCUCCCAGCCCGCAGCAUCUCCCAGCCCCGCAGCGCCUCCCAGCCAGCAGCACCUCCCAGCCCGCAGCACCUCCCAGCCCGCAGCAUCUCCCAGCCCCGCAGCAUCUCCCAGCCCGCAGCACCUCCCAGCCCCGCAGCACCUCCCAGCCCGCAGCACCUCCCAGCACCGCAGCACCUCCCAGCCCGCAGCAUCUCCCGGCCCCGCAGCAUCUCCCGGCCCCGCAGCAUCUCCCGGCCCCGCAGCAUCUCCCGGCCCCGCAGUAACUCCCGGCCUCGCAGCAUCUCCCAACCCUUCAGCAUCUCCCAGCCCCGCAGCAUCUCCCAGCCCGCAGCAUCUCUCGGCCCUUCAGCAUUUCCCGGCCCCGCAGCACCUCCCAGCCCCGCAGCAUCUCCCAGCCCGCAGCAUCUCCCGACCCUGCAGCAUCUCCCAGUCCCGGGUGCAUCUCCCGGCCCCGCAGCAUCUCCCGGCUCCGCAGCUCAAGAUGAGUCCUGCCAGUUCUAUUUUCAUCCUUCAGUCUCCACCUCCAUCACAUUUGUCUUGCUGCAAAGCAAAGAGCCCAAGCUAUAG